AUGGCGGCGCGGUACCAGAAAGCGUUCAGCAUCCCCGAUGGGUUCCCCCAGAUCCUCAAGGCGUUCACGCGCGAGAUCCUUCGAUCGCAGCCGGAGAACAUCUACGAGUUCGGCGCGGACUACUUCGCCGAGCUCUCGGAGAAGAACGCGGCCGCCGCGCGCGGGGACGGGGACACGGACGCGGGCGAUUCCGAGGAAGAUUACACCCCGAGGAGGACGCUGUACGACAUGACCGACGACGAGCUCAGCGAGUUCAUCAUGGAUCAGUUCAUGAAGUACGACACGGACGGGAGCGGGUACUUGGACCGAAAGGAGUUCAAAGCCCUCUUGACCGGGACGGAGAUGGGCCUCUCGAAGAAGGACGCGCGGCGUCUUCUCUCUGAGGCGGAUGAAAACGACGACGGCGUCUUGGAGUACACCGAGUUCGUUCCGAUCAUGACCGAGAUCGUGAGCAACAUGAGAGCGAAAGAGGUGGCGCGCGAGAUGAAAGAAGAGGAAGAGGACGAUGCAAGGGAGCAGGUGCAGUACCACCUCCUGCACGGGAUGCCCAGGGAGGAGCUCGAGGAGAUGAUGGAGCGAAUCUUUUCAGACGCGGACGCGGACGGGAACGGGACUCUGGACAGGAAGGAGUUCUCGAAGUGUCUGCACUCCGCGGAGCUCGGGCUGACGCGGAAAGAGAUCAACCUGCUGUUGAGCGACGUGGACGUGGACGACGACGGUUUGGUGUCGUACUCUGAGUUCGCGCCGUUGUGUUUCGACAUUCUCGUGGAGAGGUUUAAAGACGACGUCCUCGCGGAAGCCGCGCUCGAGUCCGCGGACGCGCUCACGAUGGCGCUCAUCGAAGAGUUCCAGAGGAAGGAGACCACGAUCGGCGGCAAGGACGAGCCGCUCGGGAAGAUGCAUCGCAACCUCGUGAAGCAAGCGCUCGUCGAUCUCAGCGCGGAGUUCCUCGGGCUGUCCAAGCUUCAGAUCACGGCGAUCAUGUCCGAGGCGACGACGAUCGAAAACGACGAGGUCGACUACGAGAUCUUCGCCCCGAGCGCGGCGCGGAUGAUCUACUCCAUGGUCGACACCGCGUCGCAGGCGCAGAGGGUGAACGCGAUCGCGAAGCUGUCGAACACGGAGGGCGCGCACGUGUUGCACCAAUCCGACCGCGACGACGUGAGAGAGCUCAUCGCGUUGGCGUUUCAAGACGCGGACGUCGAGGGCAGAGGCGCGCUGGACCGGGACCAGGUGUACGACAUCUUGAGCGACCUCGGCGCGAACUCGCUGGAUUUGAAGCCCGGGGAGAUCAACGCGCUCGUGAGCGCCGUGGACGAGAACGAGGACGGGGAGGUGACGUACGCGGAGCUGACGGAUUUCCUGUGCAAGGUGCUCGAGCAUCUCUCGAGGGAACGGUGGAUCCAGGAGGUGGCGUUCGGGGAGCACGGGUUCGAGGAGGGCGACGACGGGGAGGAGUACGCGGACGACGACGGGAGCUACGAGAGCGCGUGA